AAAACAUCUCAGCACUACCAACAUAACUGUUAACUGGCUUGAUGUACAUGAAAUUUUGGUUUCACAUUGUUUUGUAAGUGGAUAACAGUUCGUGCAUUUUUACAACAGAGAAGUACGUUAUAAAUAAAGAAUGUACAGUAAUUACCAAAAGGAACCUGAUUAUCCAGCUGCCCUGGGAUUAUUGUCACACUUGAAUCUUGAAGAAUUGACGGAACUGUUAAAUAAUGACAGUAAAUUUGAUGAUAUGAUGAAAGAUGUGAAGCAAAUUAAGGAUUUUGAAGCUGAAAAGGAGAUGUUGAUGGCAAGAAACAGAUCACUUGCUGAGUUCAAUCUGUCAAAGGAACCACAGCUGGCUAAAGGAAAACAGUGUCUUCAAGUAUUAAGUGAAACUGGAGCAACAUUGUGCCAGAGAAUAGAAAACAAAGUGUCACUCCAUAAACAACAGUCUAGUGACACGACAGCAGAAACAACGCUUGCAUUGUUACAGACUGCAGCAGCAGAAUCAGAAGAAGAAUCAGAAGCCAUUGCAGAAAAAUUCCUAGAGGGAAAUUUGGAAAUUGACAGUUUUCUUGAACAGUUUACUGCCAGAAGAAAAUUGACACACUUACGACGUGUAAAAGCAGAUAAAAUGGCAGAAAUACUAACAAGACAACAUAAUGCUCCACGUCAGAAUUCUGUGUCAUCACCAGCACAAGGACACACACAUCAUGCUGCUUCUAGUUAUAUACCAUUACCACCUGUUACAGGGUCAGUACCAUAUCCUACUACUGGAAUGUACAUGCCAAUACCAGGCCCUUAUGGUCCCAAUGUUUUCUGAAGCCCUAUUAUUACUGAUUGGAUUGUGCUACAAAGCAUAAGUAAAGGAGUUGUUUGUUAGGUUACAUACAUAAUGAUUCUUUUUACACAACUUCUAUGUACAUUUAUAUAAAUACAUGUAUACUGUAAUAUAUAUACAUAUUUCUAACAGAAUUUGCAAGAGCAGUAUAUAAUAUUUCUGCUGUUCCAACAAAUUUAUCUGGUGUAUUUUCUUCACAGU